GGAGAAGGCAAGGAGGAGGGAGGAGGAGAGAAGGAGGAGAAAACGAGAGGACAAAGGAUUCGUUAAACAAAAGCAGGUUUGGACAACAGCAAAAGUAUUUGUAAAGCUCACCUCUUACAAGCUGAAGGAAUGGGUAGCCUUCCACUGGUCCUGCUCCUCUGUGGUUUCCACGCACUCACAGCUGUAGUCCAAGCCCAGGAGAGCGAGACCACUGAGGCACCUGCCGGGACAAGCCUGCCAGCCAACUGCAGGGAGGAGAUGUACCCAUGCACCAGGAUGUACUCGGUCCAUCGGCCCAUCAAGAGAUGCAUCGGCGGACGCUGCAUUUACAACCUUCCUCGCAUCUAUGUGAUCAACAAUGAGAUUUGCGUGAGGAUGGUGUGCCAACAGGAGGAGUAUCGAAAAGCCGAGUUGUGCAGAGAGUUGUCUGGGUGGCCAAGGCGCAUCGAGAGGUCAUCUAACAGGAAACGCUGUCGCAAUCGCCGUGGCAACCCCAAAACCUGGGCAAACAAGGCCUGACGGGGGGCCGCGGGCACGGCAGCGUGACCACCCGGCGAGGUCGGGGCGCCGUAAAGAUGUGACUCCGGGGACGUUGUCAUCAAAACAGUCCAUAACACCAUAAAUCCAGCGCUCAACACCUGCGGGGGUCUCCUCCCCUGUUUUUCACACACACACACACACACACACAUACAGGCCGUGGGCUGAGUCAUAUCUAUGUUUAUGUGUACUAACUUUUAAUUGCCUGGGAAUGCAGUGCAUUUCAUGGAUCAUGUCAAGAGGGGUUUAUGGCCCUUUAAAGGGUGCUAUGGAAAGCCGUUUUACCAUUUAGUUAACAUCCUGGAUACCCUACUUAAGGUCUGUAUACUCACUGCUAAGACGAUUCAGGGCAUUAGUAGAACACCUUUCUCUUACUAGUAAUCUUUUUUUUUCCCACUACUUGUGCCACUUUUUGCCAAUUAGUGUAUAGGUAGCCAUUUGCGCGUUUAUUUGAUAUCCAUGUUAUCCAGCUUAGUCUUUCAUUAGCAUAUUCUUUGUCCUCACUAGUAAGACUAUUCAGUUGACUAGUUUAAUGAAUAGAGUGUACUAGUUGAACGAACGACCUCUCUUACUAAUGUUUUUUUUUUCCACUAAUAGUGUCACUUUUGGCCUACAAGUACACAAUUGAACAAAAUUAAAAUGGAAAUGUAUUUGUUAUCCUUGACGUCCAUGUUAUGAUCCAACGCACUACUACUGUGACUGCCUUAUUAGUAACGUUUAUAACAGAACUUGUGCCACUUUGGGCUACUAGUACACAAUAAAACCUUACUAAUAAUCUAUGGAAAGCUGAGCAGUUUUUUUAUAUCCAGUUUAGAGUCCAUGUAUUAGGACACAUAUUGCCCUCACUAGUAGGACAUCAUGAUACUAGUGAGGUAAAACUGUGCACUAGUUGACAUCUGCACACUACUAGUACUAGUAAUGAAGCAAUAGAUUAGGGCUGCAACUAUUUUGAUAAUCGAUCAAUCUGUUGGUUAUUUUUUCGAUUAAUCGAUGAAUUGAAAUGUUCAUCCCUUUACUAAAAAAUAGGACAUUAUUUCAAAUUGACAGAGCAGAAACUGCAGAAACAAAAUUAUGAUUCAGUGACCUGUUUGGUCUGUCAGAAAAUUAUUAAUCUAAAUAGAUAAUAAAUAGUAAAUCAAUCAGUUGUCGGUUAAUCGAUUAAUUGUUGCACCUCUACACCAAAUAUUAACUAGUCAAGUUUUAUGAUGUCACUGGUAGUUUGUCAUUGUCAAGUGGUGUGAAGUUAGGCCUCACUUGUAGCAUGUAGUCAUCCUACUAGUAUGCCAAAGUUGUCCUAUAAGUGAGGACAAAGAGCAUACUAUUACAUUAACCCAAGCUGGACAUCAUCGAAUAAAUGCUCAGACGGCUUUCCAUAGUUUACAUUUAAGUGUUAAUUGCCUACAUGUAGGCCAAGAAUGGCUAUUAGAAAUUUUGGCUUCAAAGAGUCAUGUCGUCAGCCCGUAGUUAUGCUCGUCAUCGCAGCAUACACAGGAAGACCGCAAACCUGUGACGUUCCGCAUAUAGCAGAUUGUGUACUAGUCGGCCAAAAGUGGCACUGGUAGUGGAAAAAAAACUGUACUCGUAAGACACAGUUGUUCUACCAGUGGGCCGAAUUGUUGUACUAGUGAGGACAAAGAGCAUACUCGUACAUGGAACUUAAACUGGAUAUCAUGGAUAUUGCAUAAAUGCUGAAAGAGCUGAAAUGCUGAAGGACCAUAUGCUAUAUGAUUUGCACAAAGACUCAUUGUUUGACAUUGUAAGGUGCUAACUAAUAAUCCAUUACGUAUUACGCACGCUGUUGUAUCCAAUCAAUUAUACCGACACUUGAUUUUGUUUAUGCCCACAUUUCCUUUGUUGAAUAAAUAAAAUACACACAAUUUUAA